AUGGCAACUUUUUAAUAAAAGUACGAAUCAUUGAAAUAGGAAUUUGAGGAAUUAGAUAUCAAUGAUGAUGGCAGAUUAGAUAAGAAUGAGAUGUUCCAAGUCUUAGAUUCUAAGAUUGGAAAACAAUUUGAUCGAGAGAUUGCUGAAGAAUUAUGGUCUAAUUUAGAUAUUAAUCAUGAUGGUAAAGUGACAGUAAAUGAAUUCAUUCAAAUACUUUUGAAAGCUGAAGACAGUUUGAAAAGUAAAAUAAACAAUUGCAGAACUACUUUAGAAUUAAACUAUUAACAGAAAAGAGAAACAGAAACUAAUUUAGAUUAUUGUUAGUCAAAUGAAAAUUUGAAUAAUUUUGGAGUAAUGGAAGGCAGUCAAUUAUGUGUUAUUGUGAUUCAAGCUGCCAAUCUCAAGGCAGAUGGCAAAUAAUUAGAUCCUUUUAUCACUUUGCAAUUUGAUAAAUUUGAAAAGCAAACCACUUUAAAUAAAGGCCCUAAUCCUAUUUGA